AUGAGGUUCAAGUCUUUGCCUUCUGCAAUUGAAAUGUACAGAACUUAUGCAGUUAUGGCAGGUUUUGAUGUGCGAUUGUAUACACAAAGAGAAGUAGGUGACUAUAUUAAAUACAAAUAUGUAGUUUACAAUAGGAAUGGAAAGCCUACAAUAAAAUAUCUUGAUGGUAAGAAUAAGAAGAAUUCAAAGUACAAGGCUACAGGUUGUCAAGCAAAUAUCAUAUUUCAUCCUGUUAAGGGAACUACUGAUUUCAUGAUUUAUAAGUUUGUAGAAUUGCAUAAUCAUGAGUUUUUGGAUCCUUAUCAUUUAAGGAUAUCAAGGAAAAUUUAUUAUUCAAACAAAGAGCUUAUAAUUCGUGCAUCUACAGUAAAAAUAGGCGCAACAAAGGCUUACAAGUUGAAGGCAAGCUUUAAAGGUGGUUUUGAACAUGUGAAGGGCAAGGUUACUGAUUAUAAAAUUCUCAAAAGAGAUGUGGGUGGAAUCAUUAGUUACAAAGAUGCUCAACUUAUAGUUAAUAAGAUGAUUGAACGCAAAGAUCAUUAUCCAAAUUAUUCUUUUUACUACAAAUGUGAUGAAAAUAAAAUUCUGAAAUCUAUGUUUCGGGCAGACGAUACGGACAAGGCAUAUUAUAAUGAAUUUGGAGAUGUGAUUUCAUUCGAUGCAGUGUUUCACACUAAUAAGUAA